AUGUCAACCCAAAAGCAACCGAGGCGGUUUGCCCUGCUCGUCGGGAUCGACUGCUAUCUUGCGGGAGACGCAAGAAGAUUCAGCAGUGGCCGCUGCGUCUCGAUAAACGACCUCGAAGGAUGCGCAAAUGAUGUCAAUAUCAUGAAAGAAAUUCUGAAUAACGAUUUCGGGAUACCAAAUCCAACAGUUCUGACGUCGCCUCCUUCAAUACAAGGGGCUGAGCUUCCAACCUUCGCCGGCAUUGAGAAAGCAUUCGAUCACAUUUAUGACUGCACGGAGUCCGGAGAUAUAUUCUUCUUCUAUUUCUCUGGACAUGGAGCACGACUAAGGCCGAUACCUGGAUCGCCUACUGGAGCAGCUUUCGAUCCUUCCCUGCUACCUAUGGACUUCUGUCUAGGAGAGCCAGCUAUCCGUGGAUGGCACCUCAACCAGUGGUUGCAGAAGCUCAGCUAUAAACAAGUCCAAGUCCUUGCCAUCAUUGAUAGCUGUCAUCUGGGUGGCUCAGAGGAGUCUAGUGAGCGGUACAGGGCCCCCCUCAAUUGGGAUGCGAUCAAUUUACUCCCGCAAGAUGGGCUAGCGGUCCAUGACAUCCAUGGCGCCGGUCAAAAUCAGCCCAGCCCUCAAACAUCAUGGUCUAUGUUCCCAGAGACUUUCACGUUGAUAGCAGCUUGUGAGGAUGAUGAAAAGACUGCAGAGAUGCUAGUUGAAGGAAGUUGGGUUGGCGUGUUUACGAAAACGAUUGCCGACAUCUUACGAUCAUCCAAGGCUGACGAGGAAAGCCUGACCUAUCGUCACCUAAAGGAACGUCUGGCGAGAAGGCUCCCAGCGCAGCAUUCUGUAGUUCAUGGCCGAGACCGGCUACCAUUCUUGGGCGAUGGACGGUUUCGUCCACUGUCACAUCUCAUCGCGUGGUUCCAGGAUGGCAAAGUUCAUCUUCCCAUUGGGAAAGCUCACGGGGUCCACAGCUCUUCCGAAUUCGUCCCCAUUUCGGCACCUGGCAGAUUUGCUUUUAGAAUGGACUAUAUCGAAGACUUCUACUCGGCGGUUCGCCUUCAGCCCGAGGUCUGCGAAGCUCUGAAUAGAGAUGAUUUUCGAGUCGUCGCCUUCCGAUGGAGCUUAGGAAGCCGACAACUACGUGUUUCCUAUGACGCCACUGUCAACAGUACGCUCCAGGAAUACAUCCGGAACGCCGUGAAACGUCGUAUUUCCAGUGCGGUAGAAUUUGCUGUAACUGGCCAUUCUGACAAGCGUCAUUCAGACUCUUUGCACAUCAAUCAGCAACCUUGUGGCGGCUUUCUCAUCCAAAGGCCGACACAUCUCAUGGGCUACGAGGGACUAGCUUAUGACUCUAGCAUCAGCGCCAACACAAUCGAUCAUACCGCAGAAAAGGUCGCGGAUCACAUAUUGCGCGUUUCUCUUUUCGAACAGGCUCUCCAGCUUCGAGACAAAACAUCGCAGGGGCCCAAGCCGUUCGAUGCACUUAUUCAGCCAGUUCAUGGCAUCUCUGCCAUGGGUUCAUUCCCCCACAACCAGAAAUUCGUAUUCAGGUUUCACAACAAAUGCGAACAAGAUCUAUUCCUCACCAUAAUAAAUUUUUGCCCCGGGUUUGGUAUUCGACAGGGCUUUCCUGAAGACGGUCUUUCGGCAAGGGUUAGGGCGCAUGAGACCAUCGCGUUCCCAUUCACCAUGAACAUGGCCGAUGAACUCAAGAUGCCAGCGAUGAUCAACGAGGAACAAGUUAUCCGAGACAUUGUACGCAUCAUCGUUGUUCAAGGCGGGGGGGUACCCUGGAAAAGCCUGGAGCAGCCCAACAUCUGGAGCUCUGGCCAAGAACGAAGUCGCGGCCCGACGCAGUACAGUGAUUGCGUUGUUGUGGGCAAGCAUCGAAAAUGGUGGAUGGUUGAUCAAGAGAUAAUCACGAUUACAGACGGGCUGAAACCUGUACCACAACACCCGCUGGGACGUGCUCUGAGCUCCUUGGAUGAGCGACUGAAGCAAGCUAUGCAGCAGUUUCGUUUGGGUUGUCAAUUGUAUCUCAGCUUCUCGCGCACCGGCACCAUUGAAGAUAUCAAUCAUGCCAUCCGCGAAAUUCAGCACGCUAUCGCCAACACUACAGGUGCCGGGAAGGAGGUUGAAGUCAUGCGUGCGACACUUGGAGAGAUUGGCUUUUCUCUCAGCCAAAAAUCAGCACAUAUUGAAUCCGUCGAAUAUCUCAAAAUAGCUGUGGAAGCAACGAGAGCAUCUGGUCUCUGUGGCGUUUCUCGCGAAAAGCUCCUGAACCAGCUGGGAACACUUCUGGGAAGAUUGUUCGUAUGCACAGAGGACUCGGCACAUUUGGAAGAAGCCAUUCGGGUUACCAAGGAAGCAGUUUCUGCUACCAAUGGCAACUAUCUGGAACAAGCCACGGCCUUGAUAAAUCUCUGCAAUCGAUUGAGCGAGAGAUUCAAACAUAGUGGCCUAGUAUCGCACCUUGACGAGGCGAUUGACUUUGGCCGCGAGGCUAUGGAGAAAACACAGCGCAUCCCCCAAUACUGCAACAUUCAAACAUCGAUUGCUGCCAAUCUUGUACUGUCAUUAUGCGACAGAUUUUCAGUCACAGGCCGAAACGAGGACCUUGACGAAGGCAUCAAUCUGUGUGCAAUCGCUGUCUUGCAAGCAAGUCCGAGUGAUCCUAACCGUGCUCUCUGGCUCAAUAACCUCGGUCUCGCGCACAACCAUCAGUAUUCUGUCUCGAAGAAUAUGAAUGAUCUCGAUGAAGCUAUACGGGUGACACAAGAUGCUUUGACUAGCAUCCCUCCCCAGCAUCCGGCACGCAAUGGAAUCAUCUUUAACUUAGCCUCACGGCUCAGGGACAGGUCACGCUCUACAGGAUCGAUACAAGACUUGAAUGAAGCUGUGAGGUACUUUCGGGAGAUACAAGUGUCAGAGGACACUGGCGGUAUUAUAAGUCAGACGAUCGAGAGAUCAAAACGACUAAGUCUCUUAGGCGUUUCUUUGGGGGAACGAUUUGAACAGACCCAUCAACGUACUGACAUCGAAGAAUCUGUCAAGAUUUUGAAAAUGUCCCUUGCAGCACAGCCGAAAGGAUCCACUGAAAGAGGGGUACGGUUACAGAACGUGGCCAAUUCGCUACGUUCGAAAUUUGAGCUGUUGAGAGAUGUGCAGGACAUUGAGGAGGCUAUCUCUUUACGAAGACAAGUUCUUCAAGGGGACUUCGACUUCGGUUUAGAUCGCGAAGAGCUUCUGGAGAGUAUGGCGGUUGAUCUGCAUCUGAAGGCCAUGAAGACGAAGUCCUUGGUGGAUCUGAAACAAGCCAUCCAGGGCUGGAAACAAACAAUUGCAUCAACCUCCGAAGGUCAAUCAGAGAAAGCGAGUCGACUCGAAAGAUUGGCAAAGGUGCUUUUUACCAGCUUUAAGAUAACCGGAGACACAUCCAAUCUUGACGCAGCGGUCGAUUCUUGUCGCAACGCUCUAUCAGUGGCGACGUCUCUUAGCGACUGCAUCGAUAUUCGACGAACUUUGUCCAACUGCUUGUCCGCAAGGGCGUCCCAUACAGGAGCUAUGAAAGACACAGAUGAGUGCAUUGAGCUCUCCGAAGAGACACUGGAAAAUUCUGCCAUUGAGAAUUCCGACAAGCGCAUCUUUCUGAGCAGUCUCGGGUCUUGCUUCCAACUUCGGUACUCAACCACCGGAUCAAUGGACGAUCUCAACCAGAGCAUUCGUUUCAACAGGGAGUCAAUGGAUAUUUCGCCCGCCGAUGACGGCCAGAAGCCUUUCGGAGUUUGCAAUGUAGCAACAGCGCUCCUUACCAGAUUCCAACGAACAGGACAAAUGAUAGACAUCAACGAGGCUAUUAGACUCCUGAAAGAGCUGCUUUCUACUUGGCCCGGCGACGUGGAAGACGAGAUCGUAUUCCGAACAAACUUGGCCGGUCUUUUGGCCGAAAGGUUCGUCAGAACAUUGAACUUUCAUGACAUUGACGAAGCAAUCAAACUGGCACGACAAACCAUCCCGUACAACCAUGCAAACAGGCCUUCUCGCUUGAAUAACCUAUCCGGCCUUUUGCAACGGAGAUACAAACACAGCAAGCAACUAAAAGACCUCACUGAAGCGGUUGAAUUUUCCAGGGAAGCCGCUUUGACUAUGAACCGCAAAAACCCCAAUCAGGCCGCGCUUCUUUGCAACCUCGCAGUUGUUCUCGAUGAGAAACAUCGCAUUUCGAUGGCAUCGGAGGAUCUGGAUGAAGCAAUCCGCUUCGGCAAGGAAGCUGUUGAAAACACUGGGCUUGACCAUCCAGAACGAGCCAGAAGGAUUUUUUUCCUUGGGCUCGAUCUUGAGCAUCGAUAUGCACACUCCAGAGAUCUAGAUGACCUCGAGACAGCCAAAAGGUUCCACCUUGAAGCUCUGUACGCCACUAACAGCGGGGUCAAUGUGCGCAUACACGCAGGCCAUCGGUUUAUGUCUAUCUGCGACAUAGCUGCCCAACACGACGAGGCGUUCUCUGCUGCUGAGACCGUUGUAGCGCUCAUUCCUUUGAUGGCAUCUUUGAGCCUGCCGCCCGCUGAUAAGCAACAUUUUCUUUCACAAGUUGUUGGACAUACCUCUGAUGCUGCAGCCAUUGUUCUCGCAGUGGGCAAACGUCCAGCAUUUGCUGUCGAACUGUUGGAGACUGGUCGGGGUGUGAUUGCGAGCACUCUCCAAGACCUGAGAGCUGAUAUCACGACCCUGGCAAGAUUUGAUCCAGAGCUGGCCAGACGUUUCGUGGAAGUCCGCAAUAAGCUGGAUGCUCCGAUAACUGUCUCGUCCACGGAAGCAGACCUUCCUAUCAAAAGUCAUGGUAGGAUUGUCGAAGCCUUUCCCUUCGAAGGUGACCAGCGCCACGAGGCUAGUGGUCAAUUGAGCGAUUUAUUGACUGAGAUCCGCGACGUUCCUGGAUUCGAGAGAUUUCUUCUCGCCGGGACUGAGACGCAAAUGAGAGAGGCAGCUGCUGAAGGUCCCAUUAUCAUCAUCAACGUGGGUGCUCAUAGGCGCGACGCCUUGAUCAUCGACCAAAGCGGCAUUCGUGCGUUGGAGCUCUCAGGCCUAAGUAUUGAGGAUAUACACUCUCGCACAAAUACUCUAGACUCGGUGAGGACACUUGAAUGGCUGUGGGAUGUCGUUGUCGGACCAGUUCUAGACUUCCUUGGUUUUACUGGCACGCCAGAUGAGGGCAUGCCGUGGCCACGGGUUUGGUGGAUCCCAGCAGGCGUGCUCGUGCGGUUUCCCCUUCAUGCUGCCGGCUAUCACCUUCGUCGCAAGUCAGAGACGGCCAUGGACAGGGUGAUAUCGUCGUACAGCUCUUCUGUAAAAGCCAUCACAAACGCUCGACGACAGCGGCUCCUUGUUGAUGGGGACCCCGGGUCAGGUUCAAAUGCUAUCCUCGUGUCCAUGUCAGAGACUCCAAGACACUCGAGUCUUCAGCAUGCAAAGAGGGAAAUCGAAGAGGUCAGCAAAAUCUGCUCAUCAAUGGGCUUGCCGUUUGAACAUCCAGAGAGCAACAAUCGAGAUGUUUUGGAAGCUCUAGACAACUGCAAGGUCUUUCAUUUCGCUGGGCACGGAGGUACUCAUCCUACAGACCCAUUGAAAAGUCUCCUUCUCCUCAAAGACUACGACAGCCUUCCCCUGACCGUCGGAAGUCUGCUUGACAAGAACCUUCAAUCGAAGAGACCUUUCCUCGCCUACCUUUCGGCAUGCGGCACCGGUCAGAUCAAAGAUAAGAACUCUGUUGAUGAGAGUAUUCACUUGACCAGUGCUUUUCAGCUUGCGGGGUUUCGACACGUUGUUGGUACACUCUGGAGCGUCGACGACGCGGUGUGUGUGGACGUUGCAAGAGCCACCUACGAAGCGAUCCAGGAGCAUGGAUUCAGAGACACUUCUGUGAGCCUAGGCCUUCACCGGGGUCUGCGAUCGCUACGUGAUCGAUGGGUGGCUAGUGAGACGGAUCCCACGGUUCCUCGUCGGGACAUCAAAGUCCCUCGGUUCGAAGAUCGCAGAUUGCUGUGGGUUCCAUAUGUGCAUUACGGCCCAUGA